GCUGUACUAGUCAAAUACAAAAGCCCACGCUAGCUUCCCAUCCAAGGAAAUGCUCUCUCUCCCUCCACAAUAAAAUCAGUGAUUUCUCUGCAACAACCAUAGCGAGCUAGGUUUUCGUUGGCGAUGGAGAAGCAAUCUCUGAUCUACAGCUUCGUCGCACGGGGAACUGUGAUUCUCGCAGACUACACGGAGUUUAAAGGAAACUUCACUGGCAUCGCCGCUCAGUGCCUCCAGAAACUGCCUGCCACCAACAACAAGUUUAUCUACAACUUGGACGGCCACACCUUCAACUAUCUCGUCGAUAAUGGCUUCACUUACUGUGUAGUUGCAGCUGAGUCUGUAGGAAGACAGCUGCCAAUUGCGUUCCUUGAGCGAAUCAAGGAGGAAUUUAUUAAGGGGUUUAGUGGAGGUAAAGCUGCAACAGCUACAGCUAAUGGCCUCAACAAGGAGUUUCGGCCAAAAUUGAAGGAGCAGAUGCAAUAUUGUGUGGAACAUCCAGAGGAAAUCAGCAAUCUUGCUAAAGUGAAAGCACAGGUUUCACAAGUUAAAGAAGUCAUGAUGGAGAAUAUAGAGAAGGUUAUUGAUCGUGGUGUGAAAAUUGAGAUUCUAGUAGAUAAAACUGAGGACCUUCACAAUCAGGCGCAAAGGUACAAGCAACAAGGAACGCAGUUGAAAAGGAAGAUGUGGUACCAGAAUAUGAAGAUAAAACUGAUAAUUCUUGCUAUCCUCAUUGCCUUAAUACUCAUCAUAGUAUUGUCCAUUUGCGGCGGAGGUUGCUGAUUGCAUGUAUGAGAUAUAUUCAGAUUGUCCAUACAGGAUUGCUGUUCCUUUAUUCCUUUGUUUGAAAGCUCUGUUGAUGCUGGAUUACCGUUACACUUUUCACUGUUUCCAUUUCUGCUGUAGCUUCUUAUUCAUAUGACAAUAUGGUUGUAUAGUUUGUAAUUUUGAAUUUUUUGUAAUAGUCAGUUUUAAAAUGUGUGGAAGUUUGUCAUCCCGUCGAAGCUGGAAUUCAUGAAUUGAGGUAUAUUUGCGCAUUCAA